AUGGCACUCUCAACUAUGAUCCCAUCGGUGACGCCUUCGAACGCGUUAAAAGCGCACGCGAUAAUUUCGAUCUUGUUCUCCUUACCUGUUAUAAUCUCUGGCGCGGGUGGAUUUCUCGAACUUAUUUCCGACGGCGCGGUGAAAUCCGCGCAAAUGAAAGGUCCAAUCGCCCAAUUGUUAAUUCACAUCACGUACGUCGAUUUCGUGAAAAAUUGGUACGUGAGUGCAAUCAGUUGGAUGUGCGCGAGUAAAGCGGUGACCGUGCAAAAGAUGGUGAUCAAAAUCAACCUGAUGAUGAUGGCGGGUGCGUUACUCGCGCUGAUUUAUUCUCCGCCAGUUGCUGGUGGGCCGAUGGUACCUCCUCCGGUUUUGGCUUAUUUUUCCACAAUGUGUGUCUUGUACUGCUUGGCGUUACAAGUGCCGAAGAAAGUGUUGAAGAUGAUGCCGAGUUUACCGAAGAUUGGUGGUUCGAGCGCCGCUCCGGCAAAGAAGAAAGCAACUCCGACGCCGGCGAGACGAACGCCGAGUCGAAGACGUUAA